GUAUUCCUUUUAUUUUUUGGGGUAACGCAAGAUGUCCCGGCCAGCUUGCGCGCACUUUGGAUUAAUCCAUACUUUUGGGUAUUUGUUUGAUUCGGGUUAAUGGCUGGUAGUGAUGCAGCCGUGCUGCUGUAAUUCGGUUAUUACUUGCACCUUCAUCUCUGAACCAGGAUAUUGCAGCUGCUAAAUUUCGGUGUGUGUGUGUGUGUGUGUGUGUGAGAGAGAGAGAGAGAGAGAGAGAGAGAGAGAGAGAGAGAGAGAGAGAGAGAUAGAGAGAGAGAGAGAGAGAACUAUGGGGAGCAAACCGAAAGGAACAACAGCGAUGGAGGUCGGAGCUGAUGGGGUGGCUGUCAUCACCAUCAUCAACCCUCCCGUCAAUUCUCUCUCCAUCGACGUAUUACAGAGCUUGAAAGAGAAUUAUGAUCAAGCCUUACAUAGAGAUGAUGUGAAGGCAAUUGUUGUUACUGGUGCUAAAGGAAAGUUUUGUGGUGGUUUUGAUAUAACUGCAUUUGGUGGAAUGCAAGGGGCAAAGAUUCCACAACCAAAACCUGGUUUUGCAUCGGUAGAGGUUCUCACUGACAUAGUAGAAGCUGCAAGAAAACCUUCAGUUGCUGCUAUUGAUGGCCUCGCCUUAGGUGGAGGAUUAGAGGUUGCAAUGGUUUGCCAUGCACGAAUUUCCACUUCUAGUGCCCAACUAGGCUUGCCUGAACUUCAGCUUGGGAUAAUCCCUGGACUUGGAGGUACACAGCGGCUUCCACGCCUUGUUGGCCUCGCUAAGGCCCUUGAAAUGAUGCUGACGUUCAGGCCGGUUAAAGGGGAGGAAGCUCAGAGUUUGGGUCUGGUGGAUGCCAUAGCCUCACCAGAUGAGUUGGUAAACACUGCACGUCGCUGGGCCCUUGAUAUUUGGGAGCAUAGAAGGCCAUGGGUUGCUAGCCUUUACAGGACUGAUAAGAUAGAGUCUCUUGGUGAGGCAAGGGAAAUACUUAAGUUUGCUAGAGCUCAGGCCCGGAAACAAGCUCCCAAUCUCGAGCAUCCAAUAGUUUGCAUUGAUGUUAUUGAAGCUGGUAUAGUUUCUGGGCCCCGUGCCGGGCUUCGGAAGGAAGCUGAAGAGAGCCAAGGGCUUGUACAUACAGAUACAUGCAAGAGCUUGAUCCACGUCUUCUUUGCUCAACGUGGAACCUCACGGGUUCCCGGAAUCACUGAUCAGGGUCUAGUACCAAGACGAAUAAAUAAGGUAGCUAUUCUCGGUGGUGGAUUAAUGGGCUCUGGAAUAGCAACAGCAUUGAUUCUUGGUAACUAUCCUGUGGUCCUGAAAGAAGUGAAUGAGAAGUUUCUGCAGGCUGGUAUAGAUAGAGUUGAAGCUAAUUUGCAAAGCCGUGUUAAGAACGGGAAAAUAACUCAAGAGAAGUUUGAAAAAACCCUCUCUCUUCUCAAGGGUGUCCUUGACUAUGAAAGCUUUAAAGACGUAGACAUGGUCAUAGAGGCAGUUAUUGAGAAUGUCUCUUUAAAACAACAAAUUUUUGCUGAUCUUGAAAAGUACUGUCCCCCACACUGCAUACUUGCAAGUAACACUUCCACAAUUGACUUGAACGUGAUUGGGGAGAAGACCAAGUCACAUGAUCGGAUUAUUGGGGCCCAUUUUUUCAGCCCAGCUCACGUAAUGCCACUUCUGGAAAUUGUUCGUACUGAGAAGACAUGUCCACAAGCAAUUGUCGACUUACUUGAUGUUGGGAAAAAGAUAAAGAAAACCCCAGUCAUUGUCGGAAAUUGCACAGGCUUUGCUGUUAACAGGAUGUUCUUCCCCUACACAAUGGCUGCCAUUUUGCUUGUUGAACGUGGUGCAGAUCUCUAUCAGAUUGAUAGGGCAAUUGCCAAAUUUGGAAUGCCCAUGGGUCCAUUCAGAUUGUGUGAUCUGGUUGGUUUUGGAGUUGCUGUUGCAACAGGUGCACAAUAUGUUCAGAAUUUUCCUGAAAGAACGUAUAUAUCAAUGCUUAUUCCAAUCAUGCAGGAGGAUAAGAGAGCUGGUGAAACUGCUCGCAAAGGUUUCUAUGUUUACAACGAUAAACGCAAGGCCAGCCCUGAUCCGGAAUUAAAGAAAUUUAUCCAGAAGGCAAGGGAGAUUUCUGGUGUUGAUGUUGAACCUAAGCUGAUGAAGUUGUCCGAUAAGGACAUUGUGGAGAUGACAUUCUUCCCUGUGGUGAAUGAGGCCUGCAGAGUCCUUGCUGAAGGAAUAGCAAUCAAAGCAGCAGACCUGGACAUUGCAGCGGUCAUGGGCAUGGGAUUCCCACCUUAUAGGGGAGGGAUCAUGUUCUGGGCAGACUCUCUUGGAUCAACGUAUAUUUGCUCGAGAUUGGAAGAAUGGUCUAACAUGUAUGGAGGAUUCUUCAAACCUUGUUCUUACUUGGCUGAACGAGCGGCCAAGGGGGCUCCUCUGAGUUCUCCGGAAGGUCAAGCAAAAUCUCGCCUGUAAAUUUUAUUUUCCAGUUGCAUCGUAAUCGUAGGUAAUUUGGCAUGUGAUUUUCUGUUCUCUUUCGCUUUUCUUUUCCCUUUCUUUCAUGAUGCUGAAGUUGAGAGCUUAUAGAGUUAAAUUAAGGAAGCAAUGUGAUUUAGAUCUUCAUCUUCAAAUGAAAAUUCGUUUUAUUCUCAGA